AUGAAAUCAAGAUUUGUUGCAGCAGCAGCGUCAGCGGGGACGACGAACCAUACCGUGGGCCCUUCUGCGGUACUGUGCAGUGACCGCGGAAACCACAUUCCCCUCUCAAAGGCUCUGGAACCUCACGACCUCCUCGUCUUGCUGACACCGGUGGUCGUGCCUGUGGAGCGCGACUCCGACCAGGACCCCUUCGAGCCCCUGGGCAAGGAAUUGGCGAGGUACCACCCUCGGGUUCGACACGUCCCAUACACGGCGGCAGGCGGUAUUACCAGCACACAUGUGGGCUUCAUCAAGAAAGCCAGGGCCUUGGUCUUUGUCAUUACAGGGCCGGCCAGCCCGGGCCAGCCCUCCCAGGUCGAGCUCUCCAACAUCGUACAGACCAUUGGCGACCGCCGUCCCCACGUGGUCGUCGCCUGCUGUGCCGUCAAGGACCUCGAGAGGAGGGCCGUCCCGUUCCCCACCGUCGUCCAGCUCUCUGGGUACUCCAGGCGCGAGCUGGAGAUGGGUGCAGAGGUCAUCUUCCUCGGCCAGUCGCCACGGUCAUCACCACCAUCGGCAGACGUGCCUACGCAGCCGUGGAACGUGACGCUGUGGGAUCAGGCCAGAGACGUGCCGGAUGUCUGUACGCUGUGGAAUGAAUCCAUGCCAUCUCAAUUUCGGCUCCCUCAGCCCAUCCUGAUGCGUGCCCUGCAGCGAGAUGGCUACGCAAAGCACUUCAUCGUCCGCGAGCCCGGCCCAGGGCCACGUCGGGUGCUGGGGUUCUGCGCCACCUAUCUCACCUAUCUUGAUUCGCAGGACGAGCUCCUCGUCGGGUCCAUCGCAGCCCUCAUCAUCAGACCAUCUCACAGGCGGCAGGGGAUCGGCAGGCUCCUGCACGAGGAGGCCAUGCGCGGCUUUAAGAAGACGCGAGGGGUUAGCCGGGUCCAGCUGGGCAGCACCUACCCUCGACUCUUCUACGGACUGCCGGUGGACCAUCCCGAGGAAGGCUGGUUUCGACGACGGGGCUGGCGGAUGGACGGCACAGUGCCCGGCACGGGCCAAGAGGUCAGCGACUGGCUGCUGUCGUUUGACGAGUGGCCCACGGGCGGGCUGCCACAGAUCGGAUUGACAUUCCGACAGUGCCAAGUUGCGGACCUGCAGCUGGCCAUGGAGGUCGUGGAGCGCGUGUGCCGGCGGGAUGACCACAUGUGCUGGUUUGACCAGUACGCGAAACUGCUUGACUCCCCUUCUCUGACCGACAUCGUGCUGGGCUUUAGCGAUGAAGACAUUGUUGCCACGGCCAUCACGUAUACCGCAAAUUCUGAUAAUCCCAAUGGGGAUGAGAUCCCCUGGCCACCCGCCAUCUCAGACGACACAGGAGGCGUCACGUGCAUCUGUAUCACAGAUGUCGUGAACAGAGACGCGAUCAUGGUCAGACUUCUGGAUACCUGUAUACGGAAACUGAAACUCCAGAAUAAGAACAAGAUGUUUGUUGACGCUAUCAAGGGAGGUGCGACUGGCUUUCAGUCGAUAGGUUUUCAGAGAUGGGCCACGUACAAAGAUGUUUGGAUGGAUAUGUGA